AACCCAAAAAUAAUUAUAAAUGUAAAUUUUCCCUGCUGUUUUGAAUUAAACACUUUUUCUCAUACUUUUUUUAAAAAAAAAUUCAACUUAAUCAAUGAAGAUAUUACUUCAUAAGUAAUGCUUGUUUGUUUUUAUGUGACUUUAGUUUUUAGUUGUUUUUAUUGCAGUCAUAAAAAUACAGUGAGCUGUAAACGACAAAGAAAUAAACGCAUGUAUAUCUGUGAUGUCAGUUUAUUUCUGAAACAGUCUCUCUGUGUCCUUCUAGUGGAUGCAUCUAGUGAGUCAAAGGAAAAAACACCUAAUAAAGUGUAUUAAUAAUUCCGUGUGUGCAUAUCUUACAUGAAGCAUGUCUGUAAAUAAAUAUAAAUGCAUUUAUUUUUCACUGUUAUUAAGCAAUUGUAAAUCUGAUUCUGUUGCAUCACCGUUUGAGCUCGUGCCCAGUUUCGUUUCUGCAGAAGUCCUGCCUCUCACAGAACUACAGUCCAACAUCAUUACAAACGUGUCACACACUCACAGCAAGGCGUUUAAUACUGAACUGAGAAACCAAACUACACGACAUGAUCAACCAAGGAGCAGGUCACCGGAAUUAGUGGUCCAACAGAAGCUCAAACGGGGGAAACAGAGACACCCAAAAUGUUUGUUCUCCCUCUCAAACUCAGAUUCCUCCAAACAAGAUGAUACGAGGUUCACCUGGCAGUGAUCCGCUCACAGUAAAUCCAGCUCUGAAUGAACUGAGACUGGUUCUGCUGGGAAAAACCGGUGCGGGGAAAAGUGCAACGGGAAACAGCAUCCUGGGAAACAGAUGCUUUAAUGAUGAACUGAGCAUGGGUUCAGUCACGAAAGAGUGCAAGAGAGCGAGUGGAACGGUGGAAGGACGAAAUCUCGUUCUUGUGGACACACCUGGGUUUUUUGACACGGACUUAACAGAAGAACAAUUAAAACAAGAAGCAAUUCAUUGCCUGGCCAUGAGUUCUCCUGGUCCCCAUGCAUUUCUGCUGGUUAUUCCAAUAGAGCGAUAUACAGAGGAGCAGCAGCGCACCGUAGACAUGAUUCUGGAGAUGUUUCGUGAGGACAUCAGCAAUUACAGCAUCCUGAUAUUCUCACACGCCGACAGACUCAGAGGAGAAUCCAUCGAAAGCUUCGUUUUGAAACAAAAUCGAAAAGUUCAAGACCUCGUGAAGAGAUUUGGGAGGCGUUUCGUGGCCUUUGACAACACAAACCUUACAAACCCAAAACAAGUGAGUCGACUCCUGCAGAAAGUAGAUGAGCUGUUGGUCAUGAAUGAGAAUCGUCCCUUCACUAAUGAAGUUACAGAAGUAAUGCAAAAAGCCCAGAAGAUAAUAGAAGAUAGAAUACAAGCAGAAAAGGCUGAAAGAACGAAGAAAGUAAAGCAGGAGGUCAGAAAACUGGCUGAUGCUCGUUGGCGUGAGUUUUUAUCUUACAUUACAGAAGAGAGGCAAGAAACGGAACGAAGAAGGAAACGCAUUCAAUGCAGGAUUGAUCAGAUGGAGGCAGAUAUAAAGAAGGAACAACAGAAUGUGCAACCGAUUCCAGAAAGACUGAGACGGUUCAUAGAGUCUCUGCAGACGGAGAUGGAGAACAUGGGACGACUGGAGGAAAGAUGGAUGGAGGAGGAGAGAGAGAGAAAGGAAAGAGAAGAGCUGGAACAGAACGACCUGGAGAUCUGGAUCCAAGAAGAGGAGCAGAGGAGAAUGAGUGAAGGAGGACAUAAUAAUCUUCUUACUCCAGAUUAUAAUAAAAUGCUGUUUAUGCUGACCAUGUUUAUGUUGGGGAUUGGGGCUUCAUUUGCACCCGCUCUCUUACUGUUCCUGUUCCCUGCAGCUCCAGUGGUGGAAACUGGAUUUGCAGCAGGGUUAUUAACCAACUUGUUGGCUGCAGAAGGAUGGAGUUUCGUUUGGGUGGUUACUGGAGUCGCCAAAGCUGUGGUUCUGACCCGCUGCUCCAUCCAGUGAAAUCAAGAUAUAGGCCAACCGCGAAUAAGUGAAGAGCGAACAACAUUAAGCUUUAAAAACAAGACACAAAAAAAGUAUCACAUAAUGGCCCCAUGAAGCGACGGUAUAUUCUGAAGUGUUAUAUAUACAUAUACAUUCUGUUCCAUUAGCCACAGAAGAUAUCAUUCUUUUUUGUUUUGUUUUUUAAAUUCCGAUUGAAAUUAGGAUCAAAUCCGUGUCUUUUAUAAAUGAGACCCCAGUUUAUUUAGUUAUUUAGUUUUUUAUUAUUAAUGUCCUCCUUGAGAAUGCCAAAGAAGGAUUCUUUAAAAAGCAUCCAUGAAAAACAAAAAACAGAUCUGAGAUCAUUCACAACAUUACUAAUGUUUAAUAUGAAGGACAUUUUUUUGAAAAAGAAUAAAAAUAAAUAAUUGGGAAAAAAAACAUUAAAGAACAUGCCCAUUAAGUCAUUAAAAGGUUUCAAACAUUUGGUUAUGUUAAAAGUUAAUGGAACAAUUAAUUGUAUCAUUUCGCAAACAAGAAUGUUACGUUUAUAUGUUCUCUGAACAUUCUAACGGGAAACAUUUACAAAUUGUUACAUGUGACCUGUGCAUGUCUGAUUUUCUGAUAUAAUUAUUUUUCACUAUUGUCUGUUUCAGUCAUUUCUAGUUUAUUAUAUAACUAUCUAUUCCUUGAUUUUUGUAAUGUACACUUCUCCUUUAUGUUUAGACAAUUGCAUUCACUACAGUAUUGAAUUAUAAGAGAUGCAGAUCAAAACGUGUUUAGAGUCUUUGGACUUUGGACUUUGAGUUUUCUGAUCUGUGUAAUCAAACAUUUCUUAUUGUGUUUAUGCAUUUGUUAUUAAUUUGUUUGAUAUAACUGAGUUACUUUAAUUGUGUUAAUAUUUAUUUUGCUUAUUUUAAGUUUAGCAAUUUUAUCCACCUGUAUUCAUCUAA